AUGGGGGCUGCGCUGGAUACACCAUCCAAGUGUCCACUGUGCAAUGAGCUAACGCGGCACCCCGUCGUUCUCAGGUGUAAGCACAGUUUCUGCCAGCGAUGUAUCGGCGACCUGUGGAGUAUUCAACCCGCCGGGCCGUUCCGUUGUCCGGUUUGGAAGUGUAACACAUGUUACCAGACGCUUCCUUUUGACAGCUCAAAGUUAUGGCCGCUAAACAGCACUCGACGGCUUUCAAGCCCCAGCAGCUCUGGACUCCUUGGGAAGAGAAAGGCCAGCGAUCCUUCUACAGAGCAGCCUAUCGCAAAACGACCUUCGGCAAGUGAAGGAUCGGCCGUCAUCGAAACACCUGUAAUUUCCCAGCCAGGGAAAACAGAGCUUCUCCCCAGUGUUGAGACAACCAGCAACGGGCUGGGUUCAGCAUCGGAUGAUGCUAGAUCCUCCUCAGAUUAUCGUGAUGCGCUUCAAAGAAGCUCAGAGCAGGAGGAUGACUCCGACUGCUCCGUUGAAGUGGACAUGUUUGGUGUCCCUCCUUUAGUGACGCCCCGACAAGACAGCAGAGUGCCUAGUGCCUCCCCUGAUGACCUUCCUUCAUUUACUGCAGCCUCCACUUCAGAAUUAUCAGUGUCUCCUGGAUGCAAUGUCAAGCAAUCACCAGUGAUCCCAACGCAUGCCGCUGACCCAUCAGGAUCUGUGAGCGGCAUUAGCAUAUUGACCGAGCUCAAGAGAAGAAAUUCGGGCCCCGUGCCGUGCCAUUACUGCCCAAAAACAGUGCAUCAGUCAGCGGUGAGGACCUGUCUGGUGUGUGGGGCAUCCAUGUGUGCUGACCAUCUGCGUCCCCACGUGGAAUCUCCCGUGUUCCAAAGUCACACACUAGUUCCACCCACAGAGGACAUUUCCAUUUGGAGGUGCCAGGAGCACCAGGAGAUCAACCGUAUCUACUGCCGAGACUGCACCUUAUGCGUGUGCACAGUGUGUACGGUCAUAGGUGCACACCGCGGCCACGUCUGCAUCAGCAUCAGGGAGGCAGAGCAAGAGCUUAGAGGUAAUCUGAAAGAGGAGGUCAAACGACUGCAGAAGGUUGAACAACAGGUAAAAGACCGAGUGACUGAAUUCAGUCAGAAAGAAGAAGCCAUCAAAGUAGUUUUGAGUGAGGUCCGGGCAAGUGUGAGUCAGCAGUACGCGACAAUCAGAGAGGCUUUUCAACAAGAGGAACAAUCAGCUCUCCGAUGUGUGGAAGAAGAAGAGAGUAGAGUUGUGGGAAGCCUGGAACAGAAGUUGGGCCAUCUUCACUACUCUCUGCGCUCCAUCCAGAAUGGCCUUCACACCUUGGAGACAUUAGUUGAUGCUAAGGGGGAAAAUGUCAUCAGGGACCAAGCAUUCAUUAUGGAAUACAGCAAAGUCACCCAACUUUCUAGGAAAACUUGCGCGUAUCCGCUUGACGUUCCAGAGGAAAUGAAUGAAGCCCGGCUGAAAUGUCUUCAGCGGUGGACUGAGAAACGUCUGGAUGUGGUGGUCAUCUCUGAGUCCAAGAAGAACAGAGAGCUAUAUGUUGUGCUUUAUGGCACUGUCCCCAUCUUGGAUGAGAAUACAGCCCAUCCCAAGCUGCAAAUGUCAGAUAACAACAGGAGAGUGACCUACACUGAGGCCCAGCAGGCUUUCAUCAACCAAGAAGCACGCUUCAGCUCCUUCCCACAGGUGCUGGCCAAGCACGGUCUUCAAGGAGGUCGCUGGUACUGGGAGGUGGAAGUACCUGUGGAUGAAGGCCGCUGGAAGGUGGGAAUCUGCGAUGCACGCAUGGAGAGGAAAGGUCAAAGGGACAGCUCCCAUUUGGGCCACAACGCAUUCUCCUGGUGCCUGGCAUCCGACAGGAAAAAGCUGGCAGCGCUGCACAACAAGGCAGCGACGCCUGUGACUGCAGACGGACUGCGACGGGUAGGAAUAUUUCUCGAAUAUGACGAGGGGGUGUUAACAUUCUUUAAUGCGACAACAGGGGGCAGUCUUGCGCCAAUGCAUUACUACAAGCACACGUUUACUGGGUGUCUGUAUCCUGCCAUAUCUGUGUCGAAAACCCAGCUGGCUAUCUGCAGUGAUCUAUUUGAGCUGUAA